CGGGCCAAAAGCGACAAGUUCCACGCCUUCCUGAAAGCGCAAAACGACAGUCGCGACACUGCCUUUUCUCCUCGACACGAGUCAACCCUCUCAUCCUCUCCCCCUCACUCUCUCUCUCUCUCCGCCGCUCCUCAUCAGGCCGCGACGGCGGAAAGAAUGAACCCGAUCUCGUCAACAGUCGAGUACUGGCUGGUCCGCCACCCGGCAAUCCACAACUUCCGGUGGGAGCAAGGCCGGACCUUCGCCUCCUCCCCUCUCUUCCUCGCCGGCGCCGUCCUCUCCUACCUCUCCCUCACCCUCCUCCUCUCCCGCCUCCUCCCGCCGCCCGCCCUCCGGCCCCACCUCCUCAAGCCCAUCACCGCCCUCCACAACCUCGCCCUCACCCUCCUCUCCCCCCUCGCCAUGGCCGUCGGAUGCGCCCUCUCCGCCGCCUCCCAGAUGCCCGACGCUCGCUGGGUCUUCUGCUUCCCGGCCGACACCCGGCCGGCCGGGCCCACCUUCUUCUGGGCCUACGUGUUCUACCUCUCCAAGAUGCUGGAGUUCGUGGACACGCUGCUUAUAAUCCUGUCCGGGUCGACCCAGCGGCUGACGUUCCUCCACGUGUACCACCACUCGACGGUGCUGGUGAUGUGCUACCUGUGGCUGCAGACGGCGCAGUCGCUGUUCCCGGUGGCCCUGGUGACGAACGCGACGGUGCACGUGGUGAUGUACAGCUACUACCUGCUGUGCGCGGUGGGGGUGCGUCCCAGGUGGAAGCGGCUGGUCACGAACGGCCAGAUCGUGCAGUUCGUGUUCAGCUUCGCGGUGUCCGUCGUGAUGCUGUGGUACCAUUUCCGGGGAUCGGAUUCGGGUUGCUCCGGGAUUUGGGGAUGGUGCUUCAACGCGGUGUUCAACGCUUCGCUCCUGGCUCUCUUCGUGGAUUUCCACCUCAAGAACUACGCCGCCGCCGGGAAGAGGAAGCGGACGUGAAUCGCGGUGACGUCGCUUCACAGAGUCCACAAGUUUUCGGCUUCCAUUUUUGGAGGAAUGGAUCCUUUUCUGUCCGAGUUCUCGUGAUUUGAUUUUUCUUUUGAUUUGGUCGUACUCGUAGUUUUGCUAUUUUCCUUGGGUUUUUCCUCAUUGCUUCCCCGUAAGCCUUGCGGGGAUUUCGGGACUUGGAUUGGGCCGAUUGGCUGGUCUUGUGGAAUCCUUCCGAGGAAAAUGAUUGGUUCUCCCGUUAUAGAAAAUCCGAAAUGUUUCCCAGACGAGACACGAUAAAGAAUCGGCCCAUUGCUGUUGUUGAUAA